UUUUUCGCUGACUUUCAAUUCGAACUGUGCGUGUUGAAUUGUUUAAAGAACGAGCCAAUUGUUUAGUUCCUAUAAGUCACGUCUAAAGUUUCUAGAUUUUCUGCGAAUUGCAUAGUGUGACUGACUAGGACUGCAGGAAGAAUGAUGCCACGGCACAUGGUCCAGUGGCGCGUCUAUGUCUACGCCAAUUCGCUAUAUUCGCUGCCGGAUCGCGAGACGAGCGACUUUCGCGGCUGGUCACCCCAAUACUUCCGUCGCAAUCCCUUCGAGGUCCAUAGGGUCAUGAUGUGGGUGAACCGCGAUGUAUCGGUGCUGAUCAGGAACAGGAAGGCGGACGUGUUCUAUCUGUACGAGACCAUCAAGAAUCUGCUGCCUCGCCUCAGCUUGGACAGCACGUAUUUCCGAAAGUCAAUGAUCCACUUCUUUGGUGCCAAGACGGAGCUCUUCAUCCACGAACUGAUCAACUUUGCCCGUUCGCCGUACGAUGACCUGAUGGCCUACGAGUGCAACACCCAGUACAGGGCCUUGUUGGAGGAUGACAAUGGUCCCAGUACCUCGUCGCUGUCCAGGGAUCGCGAGUUCUUGUCCUCGAGACUGCACAGCUUUGUGGACUUUACGCGUCGCAUCAACUACGACGAUUGCGGUGGCUUCGAGGCGGAUCUGGCGCUGGAGGAUGAGGAUUACGGCGAGCUAGAUGAUAUGAUGGUGGAGCGCUAUAGCGCUCCAUUCCUGAUGAAGAUGGACGGCCAGGUGGUGACAGCCCGAAUUAUACCGAGCUCACAGGCUGCAGCCUCUAACCCGGGUCAGCUGAAUCCACAAACUCAAGCCCAGGCCCAGCAAGCGGCGACUCAGCCAUCGCAGGCGGUGGCCCAGCCAGCCCAGCAGGCGGUUCAGCAAUCCCAGCAGUCGGGACAGCAACUAGUGCAUCAGCAUGCCUCAUCCUCCGCUGGCAUGCCGCCGUCGCUGGAGGAUCUGGAACUCGAGGUGGCCAUCGAGCGCAGCAUGUUCGAAGGAGCCGCUCAAGGUGCCGGCGGUCAAGGAAGCGAUUUAAUCCUGGCCAGCGGACGAGUGUUGCGCUUUGCCAAUAGCAACACCCAUAACCGUGCGGUGCGCCAGCCCAACGGAAAUGGAUCUGGCUCCGGUGGCAUGAAUCCACCACCACCACCACCACUUGCCAUCGGCACUCCCGCCGCCGUGCCGAAUCAUCCAAGAAAUGCGUCCACCCAUCGUGCUCGCCGCCGCCGGAUGCCCAACCAGCGCUAGGAGGGAUCCCUAAUUACAAUAUCCUGUUGCAACAUUUUCAUCUCAUGUAUAAUACAAUCGAGUGCGUCGAGGUCUUUGUCAAUGGCCUUUCGAAUCACACACACACACACACACA